AUGGCUAGUCGACUUGUGGUGCUUGCCCUAGCUAUCGCGGCGGUUGUCGGGUCAGUCUCGGCCCAGGCGCCUGCUGCCACGCCUGCUGCUGCCCCUCAAGGCUCCUCGUCGUCGUCGUCCUCCGCCAGCUCCCCGACCGCCUCAUCCCCCAAGGCAUCGUCCCCUGCCGCGUCGACCGCCCCCGAGGCUUCCACACCCCCACCUGUCUCCGAGGCGCCUCAAGCCUCGUCCACCACCUCUCCUGCCGCCGCCCCAUCCAAUGAUGCCACUGUCGAGACACCGGCGUCGUCUCCCGUAGCCGAUGUGUCGUCCCCACCCGCACCCUCCAGUGAGGCCUCCGUUGCACCAGCGGGCGAUGCCUCUGACUUGUCAUCGCCGGCCGAGGCUCCUGCCGAGGGCAGUGCCACCGUCGUCAAGAUCUCGGCCCCGGUUGCUCUCGCUGCCGCCGCCUUAUUUUUCUUUUAA